CAGGGCCUGAUAAUAAAGGAAUUUAUAAAGGCGACCGAGAGUCCAGUGGAAAAUACACGUUUGCUGCCCACAUGGAUGGAACUUACAAGUUCUGCUUUAGCAACAGAAUGUCCACCAUGACUCCCAAGAUAGUGAUGUUCACUAUUGAUAUUGGGGAAGCUCCCAAGGGGCAAGACAUGGAGACAGAAGGUGGUGGAGAUACCUGGGAUGCUCACCAGAACAAGCUAGAAGAGAUGAUUAAUGAGUUAGCAGUGGCCAUGACAGCUGUAAAGCAUGAACAGGAGUACAUGGAAGUUCGUGAAAGAAUACAUAGAGCAAUUAAUGACAACACAAACAGCAGAGUGGUUCUUUGGUCAUUCUUUGAAGCUCUGGUAUUAGUUGCCAUGACACUGGGACAAAUCUACUACCUGAAGAGGUUUUUUGAAGUCCGAAGGGUUGUUUAAGAGUACUGUUCUGGUCCUGGAUUUCAGUUCACUGUCUACCAAACAUCCUGGUCACAAAAAAAGUCAUUUAGUUUUCUGAACCCUCUUUACUGAACUGUAAAACUUAUACUGCAUCUGUUCCUUCUUAGUUUAAAAAAAAAAAAAAAAAAAGAAACAAAUUGUUUUUAUAUAUCUUCUGUAGCGAAAGCUGUGCUGAGAUCUUGUCCCUUGGUUGG